UCUUAGAAGCUGUGCAAAAGCAAAAUAUGACAGAAAAACAGUUCAAAGGAGCACCUUUUGGAACACAGUCAGCCAGGUUUGACGUGUCAGGAGUCCAUCCUGCAAAGAAGAGAGUGGGAACAUACACUCAGAUCCCCUACUGCAGGAGAAGGACAAGUGACCUGGAGAGGAAUCUUGGACCAGGCACAUAUAAUCCAGAUUUCGGUGGCUUUAGUGCCCGGGCAGUGCAGGAGCAGGCAAAGAGACCUGAUUGGAAGAGGGCCCAGGAAAUUGCCCGCCUGCCCCAGCAUGCAUGGGAGAACGAGCAGUUCCUGAAAUCUAAGGUUGGCCCAGGCACAUAUAGGAUCACUAGUUUCACUGAGGAGUUGGAGAAGAAACCUGGCAGCGUGAGAGGAGUCUGCGAGACCAGAGAAGAGCGCUUCAAAGACUGCCAGAGCGGGACCCCAGGUCCAGGUACUUAUGGUAAGGGGGGAAUCCCCUCAGCAGCUCUGGAGGAGAAGGAGAGAAGGUCUAUGGGAACAUGCUUCUCCAUGGGCUCCAACCCCAGUCUGCAGCGUUUCCCCAGAGGCAUUGUGGACUCUGGUUUGAGUCCAGGCACCUACAGUCUGAAGAGCUCCACUGACCUGAUCCUGAGUCGCCGUGUCAGUAAGAGAGGCCCGUAUGACCUGUUCACCGGUCCCAGGGACAGUCCCAUCAGCUGUGGUUACUUCGCUGUGCCUGUGGUGAAUCUGGACCCUGGCGAAUACACUAAAGAGAUGCCCAAGUUUGGGGAGAAUCUACAGAGGCCUGAGAAGAAGAGACACGGAGUGUUUAGCAAGAUGGAGCAGUACCCCACUGUUCCCACAGAGAGACUCCUCCUCUGCUCCCUGGCUCACUGCCCACAGCCAGCGACGUUUCCUGGCCCAGGUUGGUAUGAUGUCACCACUACAAUCCAGACGGGCCAAUCAAGGAGCGCCAAGACAGCUCCCUUUCUAACCUCCGCCCCCAGGGUCAGCAAGAUGACAGAGGCUCUGAGGUCUAAAAGCCGUAGCACAGUUGGACCGGGCCGCUAUGACAUCACAAGCACAUUUCAGAGCCAGAGCGGAAGCGGUCACCGCUCAUUGUUCGAGUCCGGAAGCCAGCGCUUCCCAUUCCCUGCAAGAGACAAGUACAGGCGGGAGAGACUCAGACCCAUCAACGUUCCUGUGGACAGAUCUUCCCUUCUGCAAUCGCACAGCACCUUUAAUGGAGGACAACCGAAUUCUUCAGCCAAGUCCACACUUAUCGGCUGA